AGUUUCAGAUGCACUACACAUGGGUUGUGGCAAUUCAGUCUGCUUAUAUUUCUUUCAGUUUAAUAUUAUACUUUUUAAUAUUUAUCUAUAUAAUGUGGUCUGGCGAUCCGGAGUUUAAAACUGCAUUUCAUCGACUCUUUCUAUUACGAGCUCCGGCCGAUUUCAUCCAAGUACUGGUGUCCCUAUUUGCAUUUCGAUUUCCAAUAGUCGGAUGGGAAGAAGUCACUUAUAUCCCACACCUUGCAAAAAUGGGAUUUAUGAUAUCUCAAUAUUCGGUUCUGGUUGAAAUGUGUGCUCAGUUAUUGCUCUCAAUCAAUCGGCUGUCAGCUAUUGUAUAUCCUAUUCAACACAACAAGUUCUGGACGAAGAAGAUCACAUUGUUGUUGUUUCUGAGUGGAAUGAUUUUAGCUAUCAUUCCGACUGCUAGCAGAGCAUCACAACCAGCUGCAUAUAUUCAUGUUAAUGGAAGUUUCAUUCCAUUUUUGAUUGAUGCAGGAGAUCAAGAGAACAACUCAAAAGUGACCUGCAUAAUCUACAUAUUUUUCUGUUUCUUCAGUCUUCUAUGCAAUAUGCUGGCAUGUUUUGUGCAUCGAAAGCAGAAACGAAUGCAGUUCUUUGAGACCCAGCCAAAACUCGCAUCGACUGUUCAGACAAAUUUGCUCAUUUAUGCGUGUUUAUCAACAGUUAUUGUGUUGGCAAUGACUUGCUUUCAGUCCUUGCUAGCAUUCCACGUGUUUGACCUAUCAGCAAAAGCUUAUCAAAUAGUCCUUUGGCUUCUGACAGUCUCCGCCGAUGCAUUUGCUCUCUCAAAUCCAUGGCUCUUGUUCUGCCUUUCAAGUACAUUCCGACACAAAUUUCUUGAAGCGAGAAAGAUUCGGAGGAUUUUUGCAGCUGCUCCAUCGACAAUUGAGACUUCCUAACAGGACCUUUUAAUUUUAAAUAUGGUGAUCCUACUAAUGAAAAUAAUUUAUUAAAAUUUUGAUGAGAGUCAUUUUAUGAUGUCAAAUUGUCAAGGUUUUUUUUAAUUAACAAAACUUAUUAAUUAUUAAAUAAUUAAAAU